AGCUAAUCUCAUUGGAAUCGAUACGAUUCACCAUCAGACACUCUCUGGACAGGAGAUGGAUCAAAUGAAUGAGCAUCAACUUGACAAAGUGGCCAACAAUGUCAGUGUUUUCUAUCGAGUUACGCCACGCCACAAACUUGACAUUGUAAAAUCCCUACAACGCACCGGAAAUAUUGUGGGCAUGACAGGUGAUGGCGUAAACGAUGGAGUAGCGUUAAAAAAAGCAGACAUAGGAAUAGCAAUGGGUAAAAAUGGUACUGACGUUUGCAAAGAAGCAGCAGAUAUGAUUUUGGUCAACGACGAUUUUCACACAAUCAUUGCGGCUAUAGAGGAGGGCAAGGCUAUAUUCUACAAUAUACGCAAUUUUGUGCGCUUUCAACUUAGUACUUCAAUUGCGGCACUCUCACUAAUUGCACUUGCCACACUUAUGGGCAUUGCAAAUCCUUUAAAUGCUAUGCAAAUUCUAUGGAUUAAUAUUAUAAUGGACGGACCGCCAGCACAGUCGCUUGGUGUUGAACCUGUGGAUCAUGAUGUAUUGAAACAAAAACCGCGCAACGUUAAACAGCCAAUGAUAACAAAAUCGGUUAUAGUUAAUGUUUUGCUCAGUGCUAGCAUUAUAAUACUUGGCACACUAUGGGUGUUCCAACGAGAAAUGGCUGAUGGCACACUUGGCAAAACCAAACGUGAUACUACCAUGACAUUCACCUGCUUCGUUUUCUUUGAUAUGUUUAAUGCUCUGUCAUGCCGUUCCCAGACAAAGAGCGUUUUUAAAAUUGGUCUCACCUCGAAUAAAAUGUUCCUCAUGGCGGUUGGGUUUUCAAUUAUUGGACAAAUGCUUGUGAUUUAUUUUCCACCUCUUCAAAUGGUAUUCCAGACGGAAGCACUCUCUGUAUACGAUAUACUCUUCUUGCUCUCGCUAACUUCCUCGGUACUCAUUGUUGCAGAAAUUAAGAAAUGGUUUGAACGCACCAUGGAGCGUAAAUUAUACAAAACAAGAUCUGAGUUGGAUUUCGUAUGACAAAUCGCAAGCGCUGGAAGAAAGUUGAAUAAAAAAUCCGAUUAAGCUUAUUAAAAUAGCAACUAUUAAGGAGCUGAAGCGAGAGCAGACAGUACAGAAAAAAGAGUGAGAAACGUAUUAUUGAGAGUUAUUUUUACUUUUUUUUAAAUACGCAUUAAAAUCGUUAAGUUAGCUAGAGAAAAUGAUAUUAUAUAAGUAACGAGCUGGGAAGGAACGAUUGUGAACGAGCAGGGGGAAAAUAAGAAUUAUAUUUUAUAUGUCUUCACCCUUUUUGAGAAUAAAUCUCACUUGAAAUUAACGUGACCUAAUUUAGUAAAUUAGUGGUUUAUGGCAAUAUUGGCAAGGAGUAGAAUGCAGUGUAAAAAAAGAAAAAUGCGAUAAAUAUAUAUAAAAACAAAUUAAUAACUAAAAAAGUAAGAAACAAAUAAAAAAGACGUUUUGUAAAACAGAAAUUAGAUGCAAUGCCGAAGCGAACAGUAUCCUGAAUAAUCAAAAUUUUUGGAAAAAUCAACAGAAAAUUCUUCUAGCGCAAAUUUGGACUUUGAUAUAUUUUGUAUUAUUUUGUCAGAAAUACCAAAAAUAAAGUGCAUG